AUGCGUUCGUUCCUCAGCAUCGCGGGCUUUGCCUUGCUUCUUGACCAAGUCCAUUGCCACAUCAACUCGCUAGAUGUUCCGAAGCCUCUUAAAGAUAGUAGGCCUGUCUCGAGAGACUUUCAAUCAUUUUCAAUUGAAUUUGCCUUUUUCCCUGAUUAUGCUGGAAAUCAGUCGCACCCGAAUAAGUUUUCCAAAAAUCUGCUCGCGAACUUCGAAAGCAUUACUGGGGUUUUCCCCAAAGUGAGAGUGGGAGGAACUACCCAGGAUAAAUCAAAUUUCUUUCCGGACCAAGAAGAAGGCAUCAAGCUCUUCUUUCAAAAAGCGACAGACGACCAGCCAUACCAAAUCAACUACGGCCCAGCGUUUUUCGAGUCAUAUCACACACUAGGCAACAUCAACUUCUUCCAUGGCUUGAACAUGAAUCAAAAUAGCUCGAUGGAGCAGCUUGCAGAAGCAGCCAUUGUGGCAUGCCAGUCGAUCGGACCCCAGUUAGAGCUAUUCGAGCUGGGCAACGAGUGGAACUAUGCAGCUAAAAACUAUAGACCUGGAAACUACUCUGAGCUAGACUAUACUCAGGAAUGGAACCGAAAGUCUGCCUUUGUUCACGCCGCGGUCAAGAAAGCUUGUCCUGGACUGUCUCCUGGAUUUAUGGCGCCUAGCUUUGUCUUACUCGAUGAUACCGAUUCCAGCGGGUGGACAGCGGAGGAACUUUACAACCUUGGAUAUGACCCUAAUGAUCUGACCCGGGAGCUUUCAUUCCACAACUAUAUGGGUGCUAACGCGCCACCCAAUCCACCUGCUGCACGACAACUUCAAGGUAUGCAGCAUACACAAAUACAUAUACCUAUCAUUCUUUUUUUGUCGGCACUAACGAAAACAGAAACCUUGAUGAACCACACAAACAUUGUUAGCAACCUAGACGCACAAAUCAAACGAUCAAACGAACUCGCCUACCUUGGUCAUCCCUACACCCUAGGAGAAUUGAAUUCAAUGGCAAAUCAGGGUAUUGACGGCGUCACUAAUGUCUUCGGCGAUGCAUUAUGGCUCGUUGACUUCUCUCUCUGGUCUGCAGCAAACAACAUCGAACGCCUCCACUUUCAUCAAGGACUAAACUAUCGAUACGCUUCGUGGCAGCCGAUCACAAGUGAAGGCGAGCCACCAGCUACCAGACCCCCGUACUAUGGUCAAAUCAUGGUUGCGAGCGCUAUUGGGCACUCAGAAGAUACUCGCGUCGUUAAUAUCCCUCUUUCAGAAGACACGGAGUCGGCCUACGCUAUUUACAAUGGGGAUAAGUUGAGAAAAAUUGCCGUCGUGAAUAUGAGGGCUUACAAUGCCACGAAUACAGAGAGUCGCCCGAAUAGGGAAUACAAAUUCAGGGUUGCGGGCAUUCACCAUGCCAGGGUUGAGAGAUUGACUGCACCUGGAAGUGAAUCUCUAGAGAAUGUGACUUUUGGAGGUGUUUCUUAUGAUUAUUCCCGGAAAGGAGGCAUGCCUUUUGUUAUCGAUAAGAUAGAAGAGAACUUGGUUGUUGAGUCUGGGAUUUUGAGUGUUGAU